AUGCCACCUAGAUGUUGCAUUUCAAAGAAAAAAACACUUAAACGACCCAAUAUUCAAUAUUGGCAACAAUACAAUAUUCAAAAUAAACAAAACAUAGAAGAAAAGAAGGUGAAAUCCAAUGGAGUGCUAGAAGAAACCGUAUUUGAAAAAGGUCUGGUAGCACUUUUUAAAAAAAACCAGAUGCCAAAGGCACCCGAUAUUCUAGAACCAGAGUUAAUUGAUAUUACGGAACCAGGGUUAAUUGAUAUUACAGAACCAAAGAUUCAGAUUAUUGGGAAAAUCAAGACCCAAAAUCAUUUUAACAACCCCAGAAGAUUGGUUAAUAGAA